UCUUGUUUCCCAUUGUUCAAAUACCCCUUUCACGUUUGUGAACUCACUUGGAGUGGUUGGAUUCUAAAUUUAGGAAAAGAUUAUAUGAAUAGCUUCUGUUUGUAAUGUUUGUUUGAUUUGGUAGUUGUUUUGACUUCAUAUAUAUAGAUAUAUAUCUUGAAAUUUUGGUUGAGUUUGUGAAAUCUGAUGUGUGGGCAAUUGAAUUUUGUACUCAUGUAACUGAUACGAGAUUGCAAUUAUUUAUUUAUUGAAAUCUGUUUAUGUUUCUAAUUCUUCGUUUCUUCUUAUGUUAUACUUCUGGUAAUGGUGCUUUUGGGUUAUCAUUGAAUGUAAUAUUCCCCUUAUGGAUUAGUAGUUGCAUAUUUUACCUAUACAUUUCAGGAUUUUUAUUGAUUGAUAUACAAUUUUUCUCAUGAUUGGAUGUUGUUGGUGCAUUAUCUAAGCACCUAUUCUUUUAAUAGUAAUUUUAUAUUUGUUUGGAAUUCUAUCAGAUUGAGUAGGUUCUUAUUAACAUUCAAAUCAUCUUUUUAGUACUAAGAAUCUCCAACACUCAAAAAAUCAUCCGUAAGCACUAAGAGUUGAAGGAAACUUUCUUCCAUAUUGUUCUUGUUCUUUUUGAACAUGGUAGAGAGGGGGAAAAGGUUGUCAGGACUCAAAACACCAAUGUCAUGAACAAGCCCACAAUGCCCCUUCAUCUUGGCCAAGCUGGUGAACUCAGAACUACCCUCCCUCAUCAGAAACUGAACUCAACUUCCCUGUUUCAACUAUUGCACCCAAAUCUCAAAAUUAAAUCAUCAAUCUCUGCAAAAGUGAAUAAUUUUGAAAUUUUAAUUGUAUCCAACAAUACAAGACAAAAUCAUUUCAAAAUAAUCUCAAACUAAACUGCAUUUGAGCAAUGAGUAUGUACGGAUCAAAACAUGUUCACACACAAAAUUGUCACUUUUAUUUAUGUAAGCACUCCAGAAAUUCUAGGAAUCAUUAUAAUGAGUGGCACAUUAGUAAACCACAUUUAGUGAUUCUAGUAAUGUAAACAGGAAUGAUUCUAGUAACGUAAACAGGAGUUACUUCACUUGAGGUGAUUUCAAUCUUCUCUGUCCUCAUUGAUCUCUUCAAGAACAACCACAAGAGCAACUAUGAAGGCGUAGUCCACGUUUGGAUACACAGUCACCACAAACGUAUCUUUUCCAAGAACAACGCUUUGAACACUGUGUUUUAUGUGCAUCUACAAUUAAAUAACCAUUAAGAAAAACAACCCCUUUAAACAUAUAUGAUAGAGAUCAACUACUUGGGUGCCAUUUGGUUGUCACUAGUGAUAUGAGCUUUAAUCCAAUGUUUUAGGAUUUUGAAAAUGGGGAUCAUUAAAAUAGAAAUAAACUUGAGGAGGUUGCUUGCUGCUGCAUCUCAUCAACAAAAUCAAGCAAAGCUUAUACAUUAUGUUGCUACACUAAGAGAACAAUUAGAACAACUAGCUAAAGAGAGAACCUCAGAUGGAUUACCAAGAGUUUCAAAAGCUCAAGUGAAUGAUUAUUCAGAGAAGAUUGAAGCCCUUACUGCCAAAUUGGCUGCCCUUGUGAUGCGUCCUAUUUCUGUUACUUCUGUCAAAGAAAGCCCUUCCAAAGCAGUAAGAGAAAGUUCUAUUCCCACUUCUCCAGGAUUGAGGAGGAGAUUUGUCGCUCCAUCAAACAUUGAAGAUAGACCUCGUGAGAGUGUUGUGACUGAUUAUUCAGCGCCUGUCAAAUUGGAUGCUGCAGCACAGACUCAUAUUGACAAGCACAGAAAACUUCAAGAUGAUUUGACAGAUGAAAUGGUUGGGUUGGCACAGCAACUUAAAGAGAGCAGUCUCAUGAUGAGUCAAUCCCUACAAAACACUAAAAAAAUACUUGAUUCAACAGAGCAGGCGGUUGAACAGAGCUUGGCAAGCACAAGUCAUGCCAAUGUGCGUGCUAUGGAUAUAUACUCAAAGAGUUUCAAGACUACGUGUUUUACAUGGCUUCUGAUAUUUGUAAUGACAUGUAUAUUCAUCAUGGUCGUACUUCUUAUUCGUGUCACUUAGUGUAUUACAUUCAGUGAGAAGCAGCAAUCAUAGAUUCUGCAAGUCUUAUAGUGCUUGAAUUUACCAAUCAAACUAUGUUCCUCUGAUGUAACUUAUAUAUGCUUACGAUUUUGAGUAUU